AAAUAUUAUAUUGACGUUAUAUGCAGUCUGUCAGUGAUCCAACAUGGUUGAAUACUGCAAGAGAUAAUACAUAUUUCAUGAGAAACUUUACCCGUCAUUCAAUGUGGAUACAAAACCUCAAGAUAACCUAUAAACUUCAUUAUGUAGAGUGACAUUAUCCAAAUAUGGAUCCUGCAGAGACAAGAAGUCUUCUUCGAGACCUUGAUCUUACUUUGCAACCUCGAGUGCCUCCUCGAUAUAAGUCUUGGCUUCCUCUAGCAACACAACAGCUACGUCUCCGCAGCCUCAUCCAAAUAAUAGGGUAUAACUUAAGAACCGAGGGUAAAUACGAAAAACGUUACUUCUACUAUACCAUUCAUAGAACAAAUAUGUCAUCACCCUUGUAUACAAGUGAACCUAUUGACAACACUAGUCCACGUUGGGCAUGUCUGGAGGUUCCAACACUGCAUGCCACAGGCCAUUCAGCUGCCAGUGAGAUUGUGCUGAGACUAUGGCGACGCACUGUAGUUGAUGCUACCACCACUGACGUUGUCGUUUUCGCUUGGGGAAUAUCUUUUACUGGACUUGCUUACAUUGGUCCUAAGUUAUCAAUGAAUCUGCAGAAUGUUCUAAAGGACAACUCCUUGAUAUUUCAUCUUCAUGGAGGAUUCUUUACACCGUCAUACUGCCUGGUCAACACUCCAGAACCUAAAAGAUAUUUGCAUAUUAAUGUAAAUGCGUCCGAAAUACGUGACAGUUAUACAGUCAACAAGUUAAGUAGUUUACGAAGCAAGAUGCAAGCCCUAAAACAACAAUCAGAGUCAGUGAGAGUAUUACGUGAAAGAAUAGCCUCUGGAGAGGAUAUACAAGUGCAAAAAUAUCCGCACUCUUCACUGAACAGAUUAUUACAACCAAAAAGACUGACGAGAGAGAAAAAAAUAGAGAUACUAAGAAUUAAGAAAGAUCUAGAGGUUGCCAAAUUUCGAACUAAACUUCUAGAGCAAGAAAGGGUUCGUAAGAUGGGUGAACUUAGAACAUUAAAUCAACUCCAUGCCAGCAUUCUUGAAACGAAUCAGGAUCAUGGUUCUGAUUUGAUGGGAAGAUACCGAGAGCUUAAUCGUGACAUAGAGAGGCUUCGAGAAUGGAAACAAAGUCAUGCUGAGACCAGAGAAACAUUUGUUCAAACCACAGGACAGUUAGCUUAUCGAAGGAGACAAUUAGUAUCAGAGCUUGACUUAAUAUAUCCAAUUACCAGGGAAGAAGACGGGAAAUUUAUGAUCAAUGAUGUCCAUUUGCCUGACAGUGAAGAAUUAGAUUCGUCAAAUGACACCCAGGUAGCUGUGGCACUAGGUUCAGUUGCCCAUGUAACACUAAUGAUUGCUAAUUUCCUAAAUGUGCCUACAAGAUACCCUAUAAUACACAGCGGUUCACGAAGUAAAAUCAUAGAUCACAUCACUGACAGUUUACCGGAUAAGGAUAGGCAGUUUCCUCUAUUCGCCCGAGGCAAAGAUAAACUACAGUUUCACUAUGCUGUCUACUUGCUGAAUAAAAAUAUUGCCCAGCUCAGAUGGUACUGUGGAUUACCUACGGUGGAUCUAAGAACCACAUUAAUGAAUCUAACCUCCCUCAUAAACGUAAAACCAAACCAACCGUUGGACAGUUCCAAAAGAACAUUUUCAGGAUCAUCCCUAGAUACAGAAAUGAGUAGCGGGAAACAUAAUCCACCGCUAACGCCACCAUUCCAAAAAGUCAUUUUUGAGAAGUGCCAUAGGUCAGCAAGAUCAAUAAGCCAGUUGAAAUCGGUAAAGUCAUCACUGGGAUCAUCCCUCGAUCAGGGUCUCGAUAGACCCAUACAAUCAAUGAAUUUGAGCCGAGAAUCCAAACGGAUAUUCAAAUCUGAGGAAAGCGCCAUUGAUGAAAAAACAUUCUCACUGCCGCAAGAUCGGUUUAGUAACUCCAGUAAUGACACAUUAAACGAAACAAUUUUUGACCGAAAUGUCAUUUCCGAGAGUAGAUAUCGAUCAAAGACAUACAUUCCGGAUAACAAAAGUAGUACCGUCUUUGAGAGCAAUAUCGAAAUUAGCAUUCCUACAUCAGUGACAAAACCUAGUAAUAUUUCCGACGAUUUUGAAAACUCGGAAAAUACAGCCGAACCUCUUCGAAAUUCUGCUAGAGCACGACAACGAAGUUCGAAUUCCAUAAGCAGCUGCGAAAUGGCGUUGAGCGCCAAUCAAUUGGAUGUGGACGAGUGUUCAAAUGGGAAUAGAAAUAAACCGGAUGAAAAAAAUGAAAACGUUUUUCUGAAAAAUAAUGAUCGUCAAAAGAACAUUGAUACUCAGUACAAGGAUGAACAAUGCGCUAGAAAUAUUCCUGGGAAACAGAACCUUCUUCAGAUUACUGAGGAUCAUCGUGCUGAUAAAGCUUCUGGAGAAUGUACCAAUGAUGCUUUUACGACUUCCAAGAUCAGUAACUCGUGUCUUUCUUUGGAUGGAAUUACAAAUUAUACCAAUGAAAAUGUAAAGCAAAAACAAAGAACCGGUUCAGUAUCAAGUUACCCUGAAGACCUUUUGAGUACAAGGAAAGUACCUAGAAGAAGAUACGACUCAGAGUCAAGAUGCAGACAAAUAAACGGAGACACGAUGUUGCUUGCAGUACACUCAAUAAAUUUAAGAUUGCAUGACCCAGAAGAAACGCAAAGACUUCUAAGCAACAGGUGUUCCAGUAGUCCCGAAACCAGUUCUGAAGAGAGAUUGGAGCAUCUGGAGUACAAUAUCCCAAUGCCAAACAAAAAAUCAUUAGUCACAGGACAGCUAUCCUUUUUUUCUGAAAGUAAUGAUGAUAAGAAAUCUAAUGAUCUUCAAGCAUCCUCGGAGUACAUCGAUUCAGUCAGACGUAGUUCAGAGAACGUGUUCGCGAGAACGGAGGCCCUAGCAAAGAAGAAUACUAGUUUUAAGGUUAUGAGACCACGUAUGUAAUAUGCGAGGGGCCCAAUAAAAUCAGUGCAUCACUGAAUCUUUAAAUAUCAAUGCAGUACGUACUUUAUGGGUAACUAGUAACUAUUAAUAAAAUGUAAGCAUACUUUUGUCCAGCAGAAAAAAAUUAUUUGAAGAAAAGCUGUGAAAGAUUGUUGUUAUUCAUAGUUAUGGAAUUUAAUUUUCACGCGCUAAAAGAACAGUAUAUUUCUAUCAACGAUCAAUGUCAUAUAGCAUCACUAUAAAAACAAAAGAUUUUUCCAAAAUUUAUUUAGAACUUUUUCUUUUUAAAGAAUAUAUGAUCAUAUUAUAUUGUGUUGAAGCUAUUUACAAUUACAUUGAUUAUUGUUUUUGUCCCUGUUUUUUAGAACAUGGAAAAUUCAUUGGUGUUUUAGAAGAAAACUUUUACCGAUACGCUUCAACGCACUCGCGUUUCAUUUACAUUUCUCCUACGUUCAAACAAUCAUGUUUCUUUUAAGGGAUUAUGCCACUCUAGGAUUUAUAAAUACAGUGGAGACUCGAUUAUCCGGACUUCAGUUAUACGGAUUCGUGAUUAUCCGGAUUGCCAAUCGCGAGCAAAUAUCUUUGUAGUCUAUAGUUUAAACAAAAUUGUAAUCUAAAAAUUGUUUACGUCACAUGAGAAUUACCAAAUAUUUUAAACAAAAUUAAACUACAGUGACUGUCUUAUGUUGUUGAUUUUAAUAAGUUUAAUUUGUUUUUGUUGUUUUAAAUAAACACCUAACAUUAUACGUA